AUGGCUAAGUGCGGCGUUUCAAUGUCAAAAGUCGAACGAGACGAAGCGAAGCAACACGAUUCCCUACUAUCGAGCCGCUCGGCUACCUUCGCGCUGGUCUCGCCCGCUAGCACAGCCGUUGUUGUCACACGUUUUAUGGAAUAUAAAAACCAGCAACAGUCCGCAAGUUGUCCUGAGUUGCUCAUACGCCGUCAGCCUGUUGCUUUGGUCGCAUCCAUUAGCAGCAUUUUACUUGAAUCAUUGAAAUUACCACGCAAGGCAACGCAACGCAACGCAAAGCCAAAUAACGUAAAAACUAUGAAGGCCACAACGCGAAUUUGCUCGAUUGUCGUACUGAUCUGCGCUGCGCGACUCGUCUGCACCGCACAACAACGGUACAACAACAAUGAUGCUGUCGGCUACCCACUCGACUAUGCGGACACAAAGUUAAUACAGCAAGACAAAGAUAAUAUAAGUGAGGUUCCUACCUUUAGUGGUCAUGAUAAGGAAGAUGAGGUUGUACCAUCUGAACAAAAUGAAGAUGGUGAUUCUGAUCCAGAACAAAUUAAUGAUUAUUUGCUGGAGAAACGAAACAAACCGUCAUUGUCAAUUGUGAAUCCGUUGGACGUGCUGCGCAAACGAUUGUUGCUAGAAAUGGCUCGAAGGCAAAUGAAGGAAAAUACGAGACAGGUGGAAUUGAAUCGUGCCAUAUUGAAGAACGUCGGCAAGCGUAUGCUCCCAGCGCAAGCACAACAACAACAAAAGCAAUUGGAAUACCUCCUCAACCGCACACCAUACCAUCAGCCCACAUACUAUUACAACACACCACUCCAACUGCAGGAGCUGUUGCAACCACACUACACCAAUCAAAUGGAGUACUCGCCUGAUGUAUCCAUCUACGAUUACGUACAACGACCAGCCUACAUGUACGAUAGCAUCCUGCCCGCCAUCGACCUUGUUGGGAGCGAGAGCGUAGGUGAGGCAGCCAGGCACACUCCGUGGUACAUCAAUGCGCUUGAGAUGGAUGCCACAGAUGGAGACACAACUACUUACAAAGCGGUUGCAAAUGAAAUGACCAACGAAAUGGCAAAUGACAACAAAAACUCAAAUGGUGCCGCAGAUGGGAAUAGAGGCACUGCACAAUGGGCUCGUGGUAAGGACGCUGGCAGCAGCAGCAGCAGCAGCAACGUCGACGCUGUCGGCAAAAGUGACGCACUGACCAAAAACUUGUCCGGCAACGAGCAUCGCACAGCAAAGGUUGGCAAUCUACUAGUAGAUGGUGAGCAAGUUGAAGGAAAUGACGGCAAUGCUGAUUAUCAAUUGCGGUACUUUUAUGGUAUGCAUAAGAAACACCACAACAUGAGAAAGUAAGCAGUGAGCAGUUUCCUAAAAGCAUCCAGACACUCCGGCACACCAACGACAUUAUUUGAACCACUCCAGUCCAAGGAUACACGUAUUUCGUUGAACACCAAUUAACCAAACACACAAACAUACAAACAAGGCGAAGUUCUCCGUGCGAUGCGCUUUGCUUUGCUUGGUUUUUACUUCAGUGUUAUGUCAUAGUUUUAGCAUACAUAUGUUGCCACAUAUACAUAUAUACAUAUAUAUUUAUAAUCAAAACUAUUUUAACUGCAUAUAUUUUAGUGAAAUUAUAGUGAUUUAUACGACAUUUGAAAAUGGUGUCGAAUUGUAACUGCAACUAAAAACUAAAUAUGAUGAAAUCGUCUUUAGUAAUGGGGGUCUUAAGAAAUGCAUUAAAUGUUGUUUAGUCACAAUGGCAUAAGCCAAAGCCCAAACGUGUGCAAAAUAAAAAGUAAUAACAAAGAAUUGAAUGAAAAAUCAAAAUCAUAAAAAGUCAAGCUCUGUUAAUAAAAGUAUUUAAUAAACAUAUUUACACAGAUCACAAGCGAUUAUUUACUUUGGAAAAUAGAAAUUGAAAAUUGUAGUUUAUUUGCAUAGAUUCAACUACUAAACGCUCAGAUGGUGCCAAAAAAAUAACAACUAAAAAGAGUCGACAUGGAAAUGAUUAUGUUUAAAGUUUGACUUAACAACAUUUCUCAUUCAUGUAUGACUGUUAGAAAGCGGAGGGUAACCAUAUUAAGAAAGGUGUAUAUUGCAAAAAAAAAUAAUUUUUACGCUCCAACAGGUUAUAAACUGAGAGUUACAGCUUUUAUUUCUGUAAGUAUUUUAUUCUAUUUUUUUCAAUCCCUUUAACCAUUUACAUACCUGGGUGUAUACCUGCGAAGGCGGAUUCGUAAAGAAAAAAAUCAUUGCACAUUCCCCACGCUGUAUAUGGGCAUGCUGUGUUGGCUGAGGGGAACAUGCCCAUGUACGUAUGUACAUGCAAAGGUACGUUCGUUAUGGUUAUCGAAGAGAAGAGAACAAAACUGAACAUAAUUAGCAGAGCAUAGCAAAUGAGCAAAAAACGGCAUUCUUGUGAGAAAUUUUAGUUGUAUUGAACUGGCCUUUGCUAGCAGUUAUCCAAUAUUGUUGUUGUUGUUGUGGCAGCAGCAUAAGCAUUCCCCAUACAUAUACGAGGAAUACUGCUGAAGUG